CUAUAAAAUUCCACAGAGACGCCAUUCUACUUUAGGGGAAACCAAGAAAAGCACACACACACCCCACCCACUAAAAUGUUUUCCGAUGAAGGCUUGUUCCACUACACCCUCCUCUUCCUCUUCUUGAGCACACCCCCAACCAUCAUAUCCCUCCUCUUCCUCACCGCCCCUUACGGCAAGCACCUUCGUCCCGGAUGGGGCCCCACCAUCCCCCCGCCGGUCGCAUGGUUUCUCAUGGAGAGCCCCACCAUAUGGCUCACUCUCCUCCUCUUCCCACACGGCAAAAACUACGGCAACCCACGCGCGUUCUUGCUCAUGUCACCCUUCCUCCUCCACUACCUCCACCGCACGCUAAUAUACCCCCUCAGGCUCUACCUCAAGACCCGUAACGGGAAGAUCCAGAAAUCUUGUUUCCCGGUGGGGGUUGCCAUGAUGGCUUUCGGAUUCAAUAUUUUGAAUGCCUACUUGCAAGCGAGAUGGGUAUCUGAAUAUGCUGAUCUUGACGGUGAUGGGUGGUUUUGGUGGCGGCUGGCGGCCGGCGCGGUGGUGUUCUGCGGCGGUGCGUUGGUGAACGUGUGGUCGGACAACGUGUUGAUGGGCUUGAAAGAGGGUGGAGGUGGGUAUAAGAUACCAAGGGGUGGGCUGUUUGAGUGGGUUAGUUGUCCAAAUUACUUCGGUGAGAUUUUGGAGUGGUUGGGCUGGGCUUUGAUGACUUGGUCCUGGGCUGGGUUUGGGUUCUUUGCGUAUACUUGUGCUAAUUUGGUGCCGAGGGCUGGAGCAAAUCACAAGUGGUAUUUGAAGAAGUUCGGAGAGGAUUAUCCUAGAAAUAGGAGAGCUGUUAUUCCAUUUGUGUACUGAGAUUGUGUACCUUUUAUUUGAUUAUUGUUAUAAAUCCUCUGUUAACUACUAAAGUUUAGAAAUUCUGAAAUGCCUAGUAUGGAUGAACGGAAA